CCACCAGGCAUCCCCUUGGAGCGGCGGCGGGCGGAGAGGCAGAAGAGGAUGAGGAGGAGAUGAGCUGAAGACACGCUGGGACCUCUGCUUCUCUUUGCAUCCAAAACACCAGCGUCCGACGUCCCCGCGCGUCUCAUCCUGCUCCUUGUGACUCCGCUCCAGAGGACUGCGCCAUGCUCGCUCUCCUGCGCCCCCUGCUGGCCGCCUGCCUGUGCCUGCUGGCCCCCGGCGCGCGGGGCCGCAGCCCCGCCCGCGGCGACGGCUUCCACUACCAGGACAUCAGCGACGGAAACGGAAAAGGAGAGAUCUAUUUCAACGGGGUUCGCCUCCACGUGGAAACGCCGCGGCUUUCGGUGUCGGCCACCAGGGGCAGCAGCGUCACCCUCCCCUGCCACUUCCGCUACGAGCCCGAGCUGAGCGCGCCGCGCAGGACCAGGGUCAAGUGGUCCUGGCUGCCCGCCAACGCCGUUGCCGCCCCCGUUGCCCCCGAGGCCUUCGCCCGGGAAACCGAGGUCAUGGUCGCCGUGGGCGACCGCCACCGCAGCUACGGCAGCUUCCGGGGCCGCGUGCGCCUGCGACGCUCUUCACCGGGGGACAUGUCCCUCGUGAUCACCGAGCUGCGGCUCAACGACACGGGGAGGUACCGGUGCGAGGUGAUCGAUGGGCUGGAGGACGAGAGCGUGACGGUGGAGCUGGAGCUGAGGGGUGUGGUGUUCCCCUAUUACUCCCCAAGAGGACGCUACCGAUUCAACUUCUUCGAGGCCCAACAAGCGUGCCAGGACCAGGAGGCCACGCUGGCCACGUUCGAGCAGCUCUUCUCCGCCUGGGAGGACGGUUUGGAUUGGUGCAACGCCGGCUGGUUGGCCGACGGUACGGUGCAGUAUCCCAUCACGGCGCCGCGCGCCAGCUGCGGGGGCUUGGACUUGGCGCCCGGUCUCCGCAGCUACGGGCAACGGCAUCGCCAUUUCUACCGUUAUGACGCUUUCUGCUUCUCCGCCUCGCUCAAGGGCACCGUGUACUACUUAAAGCAACAGACCAAGCUCAACUUCACAGAUGCCUCCAAGGCCUGUGUCGGCGACGGAGGUCGAAUCGCCACGGUGGGGCAUCUGUACGCCGCCUGGAGGCUCGCAGGAUUGGACCGCUGCGACGCCGGCUGGCUGGCCGAUGGGAGCGUCCGUUAUCCCAUCACGAAGGCCCGGGCUAACUGCGGCCCGCCGGAACCAGGGGUGCGUAGUUUUGGGUUUCCCCCACCCAACAUGAACUUCGGAGUCUACUGUUAUCGUUAGGGUCUUCGGCUCGACGGCGGACACGAACACUCAGUUUGAAACGGCUCACUGGUUCACGGCUCUGCUUCAGAGCUGUAGCCUCCGAGCAAAUUUCUUCAUUCGGAAGCUAUUUUGGGGCCAUUUGGCUCUCCGCAGGCCUGUCAGGGUCCUGACGAUUUGUAGACGGAUUUGUUGUAAAGGAAAACGGUGGGAAGGUAAAGGCCGUACAGUGUAUAAUGUCUCAAGCACAUCGUCAUCCUGCAGAUGACGGAGGACAUUUUCCCAUAGUUGGUGUGUUGGUUAGUUUCCCUGCAUGUUUUUUUCUCACACUUCAAAUCAGGCUGAUUGUGCUUGAAUUCUCACAUAAUUCAUGUAGAAGCUUACUCAUUAUGAGUCAUCUACUCUAUUUAUUCCACGUUUACUUUCUCUCCCUCCUUAGAAGAUUAUAACAAACAUUAGAAAAACCAAUCUUCAUAUUGCAACUUCAAACGUUUGAGUUAAGUGCCUUGCUAAGGGGCACUUGGUGUUUAAGAGUGUUUCUCAUUUUGUUCUUGUCAGAUUCUUCAGACGAUCGUCACUAACCGUAUCCAACUGUUUCUGUCCUUUUAACACUGUGAAAUGUCUUGGUCUUUGCUUUUCUCCUUGAAUGUUUGUGUAUCCUGUUUUUAUAAAGUAUAACGCAUCUCUUUUUUAAGAGUAGAGCUCUGUGAUGGAAAAAGCAGAAGUAAAAUAGAGUAAAUGUAUUGUUGUAAUAUUUAAACUACCUGGUUUAUUGUGGAGGAAGAAAAACAUGUAUCUGAUUUUUAUUAUUUUCUACAAUUUAAUAAAAAUACACUGUAAAGAAC